AUGCAUCUCCCUGAAGGCAUCACCACAUUUCGACAACAUCCUGAUCAACGAUGGGAAGUCGAUUUUGCGCCUUCUUUCGACAAGAACUCUAAGCAAAUCUCCUUUGUUAAUAGUGUGAACACUACAAAAGGUGGACAACACGUUGAGCACGUCAUGUCACAAGUUGUAGAAGCUGUCUGGGACAGCAUCUGGGAAGUG